AUGGAACGCCCAUACCAAUUUUCCGACGAUCGAGACGGCGCGCGUUCACCNCUUGUAUGUGCGACCCUCGCCUUGUCCCUCGCCACGACUAACGCAGCGCGCAGCAACCAGCAACUGCUCAACCCCGUCACCCAGCCGCCGGGCACGUCUUACAAAACAAAUGUGAAUCGCAGUAAAACGCGCAAAUGGGCAGAGGCCAAGAACUAUUCUUACGACGGCGACGACUGGGGCGGUUAUGACCCUUACGACGAAGCCUGUCUCGCCAACNNCUUGAGCGCUUCUGCUGCUCCCAACCCUGCCAAAGCUCUGCCUUUCAUCCGUCCCGCCGAUAUCUACAAGCGUAUGGAAGAGGAGCGUUUGAGGGAGCAAGAAGCGAAGAACCAGAUUGAACAGACUCCUGUCAGACAUGAAGAACACCAAGGCUUUGUUGUCGAAAGUCCUGUUCUGGCCAGACCCAUUGGCGCAGAUUUUGCUCCUGCUGCACCUGCUGAAACAAGCAGUGUAGAAGAGGCAAGUGCCUCACUGGGUUCUGCUCUGCCAGCAGUCAGCCGUGUCGCUUCUGGAUUCGGCUCAGAUUUCUGGAAUGCUUCCGAGUUGUCAAGUACGCUGAAUGCUGCCGAUAAUCUCUCGCCGACCACUACCAAUACUGAGCCUAUACCACCUGCUGAAAUCAACAGUGUUGAGGAUGCUUCCCAUGAACUGCAAGAUGCCGUGAGUCAAGCGUUCGAGCGACGAGACGACUUGUCUGUGCCUCCUACGCCCAUCUCUCGCGACAAUUCUCAGUCAGGUCGUGGAUCCGACACGGCAGGGAUCAGUCCCAUCAUGAGCCGUGUACCGAGUGCGGCGACCGCUGAAGCGAAAGCCCGCCUUGCUGAUAACAGAGAGAUGGGUCCUAUCGCUGAGGAAAGCAGUGUGCCCGCCAGUCCCAGCUCACGUCCGUCAUCUUCACAACAGAUCAUGCCGAAGAGACACUCCCCUGCACACUCUCGCCAUGUAUCAGCCGAGUCUUUCAGCAACAGCCCUGCCAGAACACCUCAGUUAGAAUAUACUAAGAGACUCUCGACCCCAAUGUCAGCAGAGAGCACGAGCCUGCAAGACGAGCAAGCCGCUUCACCUGUCGAUCCGCCUAGCAAUCCUCUUCCUGUAGCUUCGGUUCGUGUCAUCGCGCCUUCAGCAGACUACACUCGUAGGGAGUCAGAUAUCGCUGCGGAUGCGUCUUCGAGCUCGCCAAUCGAUACUGCCGAAGCCGCGAAGGCUGCCAGAGCAGAUUUCCUGCAAACUCAUGAGAGAGUAAGAUCCCCGGUAAUCGGGAGUCCUAGAUCACCCGUGAUUGGGAGCCCUAUUGAUCGCAGUUCUUCUCCGAUCUCGCGGCAAGGAUCACCUGGGCCUGGAAGAGUCCGUGAUCUUGCAGGAAAGUACAAUGAACUUCACACUCUCUCGAGGAGCAAUUCUGCCAUGUCUUUUGGCUCACAGAAGAGCGACAACAUGUCCUUGAGGAGGAGUGGCACUUUCGACAGCACCACCAGCGAUACUAGUGAUGUAACUGGUGACGACAAAGUUGUUGAAUCUAUCGAACAAGACCCCUCGACUCGUCCAGACCCUACCAGAGGUCCUAGCUUCCGCCCACACUUGCCUGGCGAGUGGGUGUCAUAUGUAGGAACUCCUGGAACAGAGAUACCUGUGGCACAAGAGGCUACCAGGCGUACUGUUGAAGACACAAGAGAUGACGUUCAGCCUGAUCAGAGCACUCCUAGGCAGGCAACAUUCCCCUCCACAGAAGACUUCGAUCCCACACCUGCAACAGUGAAACAACCGCUUGCUCACAGGGACAUCCAACCCAAAGAGACGAGCCCCGUGGAUACACUGAAGAAUGCAGGAGAAGCAUUAGGCGCCGCGCUAUUAUCCUCGUUCGGUCAGAACCAUGGCACUAGAGACUUUGCUCAGACAGAACCACAAUCACAGGAGGAGGAUUUGACUGAACCUCGACGAUCAGUAGGCGAUGUCUACCUUAGACCUUUGAUGGUCGACCGUAAGGCUUCAUCUAUCGCUUCCAGUGUUGAUCCCACACCCCCAGCCAAGGACACUCCUGAUGGGCUCAACAUCUCAGGGGCGUCUGGUUACUUCCCUCCUCCAACACUGCGCAUCAACUCAGACGCAAUGACUCCAGUAUCUGAUUAUUCGCCUGCUGAUAUGGAAAGCGACCGUUUGCGCAGAGAGAUUGAAAGAAGUCUCACGCCCCAGAUACAUUCUGAGAAUCAGCAGAUUCUUGAUCAGGAUGCUCUGGACGCGCCUGCAACCCUCAGAGAGCUCCAGAAGACUGAAGGCCUCCGAACUGCUGAAACCCAGCCUAGGUCGAAUGUGCCUGCAGUUGUUGCUGAGCCUACAGCAUCGCAAACAACAAGCCAGGCUGUGGACGCUGGUCUCCUUGGCAAGCGCUUCAGUUUCGAAAGAGACCAGAGCGCGUCUAGCCUGUGGGGUGAGGUCGGCGAGGAUGUCAAACGUGCUUCUUACGAGCGACCCAGAUCUGGCGUCGGGCUCCAUGUAGUGAACACGAAUCUGAGCAGCAGCAGUGAGUCGAGUGCCUCGUCUGUCAGGAGUGUCCUAGCCGAAACAAUCGAGGAAUCUGCUGGACCGCCUCUACAGGCUGCCGUUAGUCUGCCUUCGCCUUUGGCAUCGCCGGAUAUUCCUGCAGUGAACACUAGGGAGGAGACAAUGACCGAUGCAGACGCUCCUCCUACGGUUGAACUGCCAACCUCGACAGAGGAGCCCAUUGGUGAACAACCACUUCCCACAAUUCCUAUGGAAAGCAAGACUCCCUUGACGCCCACCACGACCACAAACACGGCAGCUCGCAUUCCUACUGUCAGAGAGAUCAUGGCGUUGAAGUCGGUCGAUGAGCGUGUCAACACGUACAACUCUUCGCGAGAGCAGAUUGCUUCAAUGGACACUGGUCUCGGUAGCUGGCUUAGUUCGACUCUUUCUUCUCAUCCCGAGCAUGCACAUGUUGUAGUAGAUGCAGCAAAGAAGCCUGCGACGACAAAUGCAGUUGGUGGCAGCAUUCGUUACAAGCCUCAGCCUGGAAACAUCAUGAAGAUGGCUAGAAAGGGUCUUAGUGGCGUUACGAACAGGGAGCCUUCGGGCUCACACGCAGCUGAUCCUAGUCAGACGCCUUCCACUGUCGACCGCCAGAACUCCAAUGCAGCUCUUCGCUCACCAUCGGCACAGCACGGAGGCGUGGAAAAGAUGCAGACCAAGGGCAAGGACUUGUUGCAUUCCGCCGGCAUGUUUGGUGGUAAGGCCACCGUAGGAGCUAAGGGCCUAUUUGCAAGAGCCAAGGGAAAGCUUCGAGAAGGUGGAAGCGAGAAGGCUUCCGGACGCGCCACAUCCAGCAAUGCCGCGCUUGCCUCGCCCACGUCCCCGAAUGUCACGGACGAGCGUGGCAGCAAAGCCAACAACCGUUUCUCCACAGCGUUCGGCCGUUUGGGUGGUGGGUCUUCUGCAGAGCGAUCGUUGUCUCAGUCGGCAGCGAGUGCUCUACAGUCACCUAUGGAAGGACCACAAGUCGUUGUGUCUCCGACGGUAGAAAAGCCUUCUGCAUUAACCAUACCACCCAGCAGCGCCGAUGCAUACAUUGCUCCAUGGACGGAAGACAAGCCAGGCACGUUGGACAAGGAUCUCGAGAAUGAAAGAUUCAAGAGGAUUGGUCUUUUGCCGAGUCCUGCGUUUGGUGGAUCGAUGAACUCGCGCGAGUCCAAUGAAAACAUCAAACCCAAGGACGAGAAUGACGAGCCGAUGAAAAGAACGACGCGCUCGGUUGAGCUGAGCAAGGACCAUGGCGACGAAGUUUCGAAGGCAGUCGCUGUUGACGCUCUCCCUGAAUCAGCUGCGCCUUCGCAUGUGGAGGAAGUCGCAUCUGAAUCGAAAGUCGAUAUGCCUGUUUCAGCUCUAGCUUCGCACGAUGCUGGACUAUCGUCAGACACUCAUGAUGUUGCACCAGAACGUCCCCGUCCUGUUGAGCACACUUCAGACAUCAACAGAAGUCCGACACGCCGUCCUGUCCCUCAACAAGCAGGUCCUGAUGUACAGCCAUCAUCUCGUCGAUCUUCGGUUUCCAGCCUAGGUCCUGAUGACAACGACUUGGCACAAAACUCGGUGCCUCUCAAGAGAAGCGUGAGCCCAUUGCUUGCCGAGGCGACUACGCAAUUACCUGUUACUGCCGAGAAGGUCGCCCCUGAGCCUCAGAACAUAGAUGAAGAGACAAAUGACUCCAGACCUCGAAUUGUCAGCCGCAGCAGUCUCCCAUCACAGCAACGCCCUCAAUCACAAUCAAGACAGUCGUCCUGGCAAUGGAAGAACUCAGGUACAUCGUUGGUUGGGCUCAACAAAGGUCAAGGAGAUGCAACAGCUUCCCCAGUGAAGGCUAGAUCUGUCUCUGGCCAACGUAUCGCCUCUGGACCUGUGAGUCGUGCUGAAUCGCCAGUCUCUUUCCUUGAGAUGGCACCCGCUCAGCAGCAAAGAAGUACAACUGCGCCUGGCGCAUACUCGUCAGAGGAUGCCAGUGCUGUUCCCGGCGCACGAUCAGAGCAGCCAAGCACCGCCCCGCCUCAGAAUCUUAUUCUCGUGCCAGCUCCCUACGAAGUGGGUCGCAUGGCCCCAAUCGUGCAGUCGCCUGUCGAGACGCAAGGGCAUUGGCAGAAUGAUCAGUUCAAUGCACCGAUGGCUCCAGGACCCUUUGUUGGACCAGGCGCGAUGUACAGCCAACCUAGUACUAUGAGCAGCGAGCAGAUAAUUUAUGAGGAGCCAAUCAAUCGGACCUUCUCGCCGACAGUCAUGGAUCCUCGACAGCAUGGUAGCGAGUAUCAGCUGCCUGGCGUUGGGCCUCCUGACAUGAGCCAAAGCUCAAUGAGAAGGAGCAGAUUCUCUAUAAGAAGUCCGGUCCGUCCGGUGCACAGCCCAGUACAGGUCGAACGCAUCAAUCCAAAUGCAGUAGUCUUCGACCAUCAACGUACCUUUUCUGGUGACGAAGUCCCAUUGACGGCUUCCGCACAGGAAAACAGGGAGAAGCGUCGCUCUGGCCUUUUCAGCGCACUCAGUCGCGGCUCGAGCUUUUCUGGUUUAUCUGGCAUGAAUUCGGAUGGAAGACAGAGUCGUGGUAACGACUUCGGCCAAGCUGGCUCGCAGCAGCAAGUCCCGGCACAACCAACUUCCGCGGCACAAAAGGCUAGAGAGAUAUCAGGUGGUAGCUCGAGAGGCAACACACUCAAGAAGAUGCAGCGCGCAUCUACUUCUGCUGGUACACCCGGCACACCCGGCACGCCUGAUCCCGAGAAGAAGAACAAACGCUUCUCGCGACUUGGUUCGAUCUUUGGACGAUCCAACUCGGAGGCUAAGAAAACCAACAAAUUGGUCAAGGGCAUGCCUAAGACUCAACCCGAACGCAUCCCAGAAGCUGCUGCAGCGACAAGGACAAAGAACAACAUGUCUCCGCAGAACAUCCCUCCACCACCUAUACCUAUGGGUAUGGGCUAUGGCAUGGAGAACGGUAUGCAACCUUCACACCAGUGGUCGGAACAGCCUGACCAGCAGAGCGGUGCACUGCCACCUCCAGGUGGAUGGUAUGCGCCAACCUCGAGAAGAAGUUCUUACCACCAAGACCAGCAGGCCACGCUGCCUCAAAUCACACCCACGAUGUCCAGAAGAAGCUCCUAUCACCAGGAGCAGCAAGGCAAUUUGGCCCAAAUCCAGCCCACAGUGACAGGCCAAUCCUGGCAAUCUAUGCAACCACCUCAGCAACAGCAGUCGCCAGUAAUGCAGCCAACUCGUCGUCUUCACAGUGAAGGAUACCGUCACGAGCCUCGCUACAAUGCUCCAUCUGACUACAGAUCGAUGUCUCCUAGUCCGUUGCGCGGUCAGCGAGGCAGCCAGCAGUAUGAUACUACAACUCCUCAGAACUACCAACGCACACCCUCAUGGGCUGGAGGGCCACGACAGCAGCCACCGCCACCCGGACGCAACUUCUCUUGGGGCUCUGUGGAGCAACAGCAGCAGCAACAAGGUUACUUCCCUCAACCCGCAAUGUCGGGCUCACCUGUCAGACAAAGCCCUGCCGGCUCGCCCUCGCAUUCAAGAAACGCAUCCUUUGGUAGUAUGACCAACAUCCAAGCUGCCGCGCCACCACUGUACCGCAACUCCAGCUCGGGGGCUCUGCAACGAUCGUCGUCUCCUUCUAUGUACGGAACCACGCAACCAUACCAAGUCCCCAUGCCCGCGCCCACAGAAGCCCAACUCAUGUCAAAGACCCAACAGGACUGGUAUCCCAGAUACAGCGUCGGAUCACCAGGACCGCCACAACAAGCCAGCACACCCGGCAUGUAUACCAGAGGCUACAGCAACAGCAGACCAGGCAGCUCAAACGGCUUCGACGGCAUCCCAGAGGUGAAGAAUACCAGACCCGGUUCUGCUGGCGGGAUGAUGAUGCCUCCUCCUCCUCCUCUCCAGCAACAAUCACCACAAAGUUCUGGGCGAGGCCAACAAAAAAGGUAUUAUGGCAAUGGCGGAGCUAUGGGACCUAGACCUUAUCCCUCGGGGAAUGGUCAGCAGCAGGGUGAUUGGCAAGGCAUUUAUCGUGAUGUCUAG